CGCUGGACUGUAAGACAGGGCCUAUGCUGAGACAAAAACACCAAAAACAUCAGUUGGAGAAAUGUGCCGUUGUUUUCAGUUACCCAGACCCGGGGAAUGGCAAUAGAAGAGACAAUUCUCUCGUCGGCCGAUCAACCGAUGGCGAACCAGCGAUGGAAGAGAAUAAACCCAAAAAAAAUUACGCAUUGUAAAUGCCAAGUUGGAUGCUAUAUCUCGCACACCCGCUUAUUACAGUUACAUGCUGCUUGGCUCCAUUUUUACGCUUCAGAUACACUAAUACAGUAUCUUUCACCACAAUUUCAGCUACCAACUGAAAAAAGAAUGCAUAAUACUUGAAACCAAGAAAGAGAUGAAUUUACAUGAAAAAAACCAAGGCAUGCCAACAUACCACCUUUCACCAUCCCUUGGCUGCGGCUUUCAUCGUCGCCAACCCCCGCCGCAUGCAUGCCUGUCUAAGUCUUGCCUCAUUCCAUUGUACUCAAAGCAACACAUGCUGCCAGAAUAGAAGCUCGUCAAAGAAUGGGCUGCGUUCGUUCGUUUCUGUCUGUUACGUUACACAACAAAGGCAAAACAAAGAAGAAGAAAAAAAUCUAUGAUGCUAUAUUUAAGGCGCAGCACAAGACACAAUCCAACACAUCCACCCUCACUCCAGCAACGCAUUUUAUCCAUCCUCUAAACAAUCCAAAUCCACCCCAACCUUCCAUCUCCAGCGUAACUCGCAUGCAAAUCAGCGAAAAUGCCCGUUUGGUAAACCCAACUGCCGUAAACUACCAGUCACGCCCACCCCUAAUCGAACCAAAAAUAGGCGUUGUGCACUCUUUGUGCGCCCGCCCCGUCUUCAAGCGGGACCAGUGGAGUUUUUUUUCUUCUCAAAUCCCUUCCUUCUAAAUUCUUUUUUGUUUUUUUACCCUCCCUUAUCGGCCCGUCGCGAGCGAUCCCCUGGCUAAGAUUUUAGGCCUCGUUAGUGACAGGAAGCUUAGCGUCUACUCUGCUGCACGAGUUCAAAACGGAGAGAGGCAUGGAUGAUUGUAGGUAAUCGACAUUGUUAGCCAAGACACUAAUUAUUGCAGAUUUAGUACAAGCCAAGUAAUUCAAUUCAUAAGAUAUAUUAUUUGUUUCGGUAUUAAGGGCCGUGGUUGUUCAAUAUCUUCUAAAUGACAUACAAAAUAGGUAGUAGCCCGUGGUAUAUAAGGUCGUGUAUAUAAAAAAUCAGAAAGGCAAAUUGCCAGCCAACCAAGGGGGGGAGGGGGAUAUCCAAGUGCGAGUCCAACAACUCCGUAAAUGCACAAAAAAAAACAAAAAAAGACAGACAGAGGAAACACAAAGAACAGGGAGAGUGUACAAAAAAACAAGGAAAGAAAAAGAGAGAGAGAGCCCCAGUAUAAUCCACCAUGCUUGUCCAUAGAUUCAUACCCAUUUGUUGAUCAUGCCUUCAUUUCAUCAAGGGAAAAAAAAAACACAGAAGAGAGAAAAGAAGAAAAAAAAAAGCCA